UACUACCUACACACCUGGCUGGUACCUACCGACCGUACCGUACAAUCAACAAUAAAAAAGAAGGGAAAGUUAGGUUAGAUUUAGGUAUGUUUGUUGAUCUUGUUGAUAUAUUUAAACGUGUUUUAUAAUUAUAAAAUAUGGCUAAAUCACAACAAAAAGAAGCUACUGCUGUAAAUACGAAUAAUUUAAGUGCAAAAACGACAAAAACGAGAAGUGGAUCCAAACCGGAAGCCGUUCCAAGAGGUAAACCAAAGUCAGGCAGAAUUUGGAAAUCCGAAAGAAAAAAAUUUUCAUCAGUGAUAAAAACUAAAGGAAUUAAAAGCUCAUUUGAAAGGAAAGAAGCUCUACGACAGAAAUUGAAGCAAGUGAAAGAAUUAACGAAUUCCUUGAAAGCCGCAAAACAAGAAGAAAAGGAAAAGAAAAAAGAAAGGAGAAGGGCAAAUUUAAAAAAGCAAGAAGAGAAUAGGUUAAAAUCAGAAGUGGUACAAGUGAUCACAAAUACUAAGAAACUGAAGAAAACAAAGAAGAAACACCUAAGGAACAUUGAGAAAAGAGAUACUACUGUUGUGUCUAAAUAAGUUGUAUAGAAUGUAUAUUUUUGUUUACUUAAUUAUUAAAAUUAAUUAGAUAAUCAGUGUGCUGUUUGCUC